AUGCCUUACAUCGACGACAGCGUCCAGAAAAACAAUUCUCCCCUUUAUUUCAGUUUUCUCACGUCUUUGAGACUCAUAGGACCGGCCGGUGGGUUCAUACUGUCCUCAUUCUCACUGCGAUUCUAUGAGAAUCCCUUUUCGACCGUUAAGGCCAAGGAUCUCAAAGACAAUAUCGAAGGACUCAAAGGUAUAAAACAGAAUAUUCUGUAA